UACGUCAUUGCGUCAUCGCGUCAUCAUCGCUUGAGACGUACGGAGACGUCAGGAGAGUGAUACACACAAGCUGCUAACCGGCUAGCUCCGGGCUAGCAGAGUCAAAAUGAGUCUAAAUCUGAGGAAGAGUUGUUUGUUUUUCCACAGGCUGGAACGGGACUGACGUUUUCUGCUCACGCACUUGUGAGGUGCAAUGGGGCAACGAAGGCGAGCCGUGAACAACCGUUCAUCUCGGAGAGUCUCUGGAGCUCCUGCAGAUGUUCCCGCCAAGAAGCACAACAUCUGCAUGGUGUCUGACUUCUUCUACCCCAACAUGGGAGGCGUGGAGAGUCACAUCUACCAGCUCUCACAGUGUCUGAUUGAAAAGGGACACAAGGUGGUAAUUGCAACCCACGGCUACGGCAGGAGGAAGGGCAUCAGGUACCUGACCAACGGGCUGAAGGUGUACUACCUCCCCCUGCAGGUGAUGUACAACCAGUCCACAGCCACGACCUGCUUCCACAGUCUCCCACUGCUGCGCUGUGUGUUCGUAAGGGAGCGCAUCACUGUGGUGCACGCGCACAGCUCGUUCUCGGCCAUGGCCCAUGACGCACUGUUCCACGCCAAGACCAUGGGCCUUAACACGGUGUUCACUGACCACUCACUCUUUGGCUUCGCUGAUGUGAGCUCUGUGCUCACCAACAAGCUCCUCACCGUGUCGCUGUGUGACACCAACCACACUGUGUGCGUGUCGUACACCAGUAAGGAGAACACCGUGCUGCGUGCGACGCUCAACCCGGAGAUAGUGUCGGUUAUUCCCAACGCUGUCGACCCUACGGACUUCACCCCUGACCCCUCCCAGCGCCAAGACGACAGGAUCACUAUUGUUGUGAUCAGUCGCCUCGUCUACCGCAAAGGAAUCGAUCUUCUCGGCGGGAUAAUCCCAGAGCUCUGCCUCAAACAUCCAGAUCUGCAUUUCCUAAUUGGUGGAGAGGGCCCGAAGAGAAUUGUGCUGGAGGAAGUGAGAGAGAAAUACCAACUACAUGACAGGGUGCGUCUGCUGGGCGCUUUGGAGCAUAAAGAUGUUCGAGGAGUUCUGGUGCAAGGUCACAUCUUCCUCAACACGUCCCUCACUGAAGCUUUCUGCAUGGCCAUUGUGGAAGGAGCCAGCUGUGGACUGCAGGUGGUUAGCACUCGUGUAGGAGGUAUUCCUGAGGUGUUACCUGAGGAUUUGAUCACAUUGUGUGAGCCUACCGUGCGGUCUCUGUGCGCCGGUCUGGAGACGGUGAUCGCCCGGCAGCGUUCGGGGUCCGUGCCCUCCCCCUACUCAAUCCACGCUUGUGUGCAAAACCUCUACACCUGGAGGAACGUCGCAGAGAGGACUGAAAAGGUGUACGACAGAGUGUCCAGAGAGGAGGUGCUUCCCCUGCACAGACGGUUACGGAGGCUGAGGUCUCACUGCGGCCCCGUCGCCGGCUCCAUUUUUGCGUUUUCAGCUGUUUUGGACUUCCUCUUCCUGCUGCUUCUGCAGUGGCUUGUGCCAGACCGGGUCAUGGACGUCGCCGUUGACGCCACCGGCCCUCACGGACUCUGGAGACAGGAACAGAGCGGUGAAGCCGGCGGCACGAAGCAAGCAGCAGAAUCGGAUAUUUCAUGACCACUCCACAGCUCUGCCUCGCUUCUAGUACACUGUACAGUGCCAAGUAGCAUUGAAACACGGCUGCUGAAUGUGUUCACGGUGUCCGCAAACAUUGUUUACAUUUACUUCUUUGAAGGGACUUUAUACCAGAGCGUUUUAUCGAAGACUUAGGAGUGCUUUUUAUAUCUAAUGAUUUAAAAUGUCUUGAUUUGCUAUAAUUGCACUGAACAGAGGGCUGUUCUGUUAAAGGGCUGUUUGAUUACACACUAGAUGACAAUAACCUUUAGUUGGAUGUAUACCUCGUUUAAAACACUGGUUUUGCUGUUUAUCGGGUCAGCUUACUUUAUUUCGUCAGAUUUUCCCAUCAGGAAUCCUUUGUGUAAUAUUUGAGAUGUUACAUAUUUAUGAAACCUGGACGUUUUUUGUUUUUUUUCCCCAGUUGAUCAUGACACUCCCGGGCAAGCCACUCUGGAAAAUAAAGCACACUUUCUAAUA